UAUUAACAAAUAAAAGUUGUGAUCAUAAAUAUACCACUACCUUAAUAUAAAGCUGGAAUACGAUGCUAAAAGAAAAAGCAUUUUUGAUUCCAGUAUAGGUCAUUGACAGGAAGGUUCCCAGCCACGUUCUUCACAUCCAACUUGGUUGUAGCACAAACCAAAAAACACCUGAAUUCACGUGAGGUCAUGGAUAUGUUCAAGUUGGCUCCUGCCGAAUACCUGAUUGUGCCAUCCAGUUUCAAGCCAGAUGAGACGGCUUCCUUCAUUCUCAGAAUUCUCUCCAAGUCAGAGACCCAUGCCCAUGACCAUUCUGGGCAAAGCCACAGUCCAAUUGAAAAGCCCAUAAUGAGAGAGUUAAAUAAAAAUGACGAAGAGAGCAGAAGUUUCUUCGAAAAAUAUGCUGAUCAGUUUGAAGAAGUCCAUGCAGAGCAGCUCCAGAAAAUUUUAAAUGAAAAGAUCCUUCAAGGAUACAAGAAAACUGAAGGCUUCAGUCUGGAUGCGUGUCGCAGCAUGGUGGCUCUAAUGGAUACAUCCAUCACUGGCAAACUGAAACGUGAUGAAUUCUUGCGUUUGUGGAGGAAAGUCACCACCUACAACGACAUCUUCUCCCAAAUUGAUCCAACCCGCAAAGGUACUUUGUCCCUGCAUGAGCUGAGAAAGGCUAUAAAGGCUGCAGGGAUUGUUCUGAAGGAUGGUAUGCUGAACCUGAUGGCUGUUCGGUAUGGCACCUCUACUGGAAGGAUUAGCCUGGAGAGCUACAUCAAUCUACUCCUUCGAUUGGAAUGCAUGGGAAAAAUCUACACACAACUCUCGGGAGGAAAGACCAUGUCUCUCAGUGAAUCUGAGUGGAUGUAUGUUUCAAUGUACACAUAACCUGAUGAUCAACAAAAGAAGAUGGAUGGAUAUCUUUUUUUAUUUUUUUUAAAUGAACAUGCUUUUCUUUCAAUUUGUGUUCAAUUUUGUGUUUUCUGUUGAAUUUUUUGCUGUGCCAGAACAGUUAUAAUAUGUGAUUUAGUAUGAUCAUUAUUUUUUUCUUGAUAGUGCUGCCUUUGAUGUGCCUAUUAUGUGUGUGAUGGAACCCUGUCUUAAGAAAACAUAUUAUGUCACUAUUCCAAUUAUGCAUUGUGACAAGAGGGUGAUUAGAGGACGCUACCUUCCCAACUGUGGGCUGCUCAAGAUGGUUCCCUACUGAGAUCUAAAUGAAGUGUCCAACACCUGGAGGUGGAGUCUUGGUGUGUAGGUCAUCAAAAGAGCAGUCUCAAGUCUGAUUACAGAAUAGCUCAAAUCUGGGUGAAGGGUUUUAAUUUAUUUUGCUUCAUAUUUGUUUUGACUAAUCAUGUUACUGGUGGUAUAGGGAUCUUAAGCUGGCUAAAAGCAAUUAUUGUUAUCAUUAUUAUUGUUAUCUUUCUCCUUCAGUUGUGUUUCUUACCUUGUCUUCUUUAUGUAGUUUAGUUUACCCAUAAUUAGUCCACAAACCACCAAUGUAGAUUAUAUGAAGCUCCAUUUUAACCGAUCAAAUUACUUUUGAGCAUCUAAACUGAGCAUCACAGUAGGUUGGAGAAUGUUUUUAUUUUAGUGCAUGAUAGAUUAAAUGUCCUCCUAAUAUUGUUAGCGCCUUGUCUGCCAGGAAUAAAACCUGUUCGAUCCUAUUUGA